CGCGUUCGUGUUGUUGUUGCCGGCGAAUGUGCUGGCUGCUGCUGGCGUGUGAUUACUUGUGGGCGUCGAACGUUAUUUGAAUUUAUGUCAAAGAUAUUUCACAUUUCUGCCUUUCACUGCUUGAGCUGAUUAAAACUCGGCCGCACCACCGCUGUCACCAUGAAGGUGAAGGAAGCAGAGCGGACGGCCAACGCGGCCUGGUCGCCCGCCCCUCUGCCAGACUUAAUGCUGGCCGCGGGCACGGCGGCACAGCAGCUCGAUGCUACGUUCUCGUCUUCUGCCCGGCUCGAGAUUUUUGGUCUCGGGUUGGGAGAUAGUACCCUGGAGAUGCCCGUUUUGGCGAGUGUGGAAACGCCGUCUAGGUUCCACUGCGUGUCGUGGGGCGCCCACGGUCUCUCCACCGGUUCCCGUCCCGCCGGUAUGAUAGUGGGCGGCUCGGAUGGUGGGAAGAUCGCUCUAUAUGACGCCCGUAAGCUGCUGGAUGGGCAGCCGGCACUACUGGAGACUACCAGCAGACAUACGGGAGCUGUGCGGUCGCUGGAUUUUAAUCCGUUCCAGGCCAAUCUGCUGGCAUCGGGCGCCUCAGACUCCGAACUAUACAUCUGGGAUCUGAACAGUCCCAGUACCCCUAUGACACCGGGAGCCAAGGCACAACCCGCUGAAGACGUAUCAGCGGUCACAUGGAAUAGACAGGUUCAGCACAUAAUGGCGUCUACGUUCACCUCCCGCUGUGUGGUCUGGGACCUGAGGAAAAACGAACCCAUCAUCAAAGUCGGUGACGGUCAGGCCGGGAUGAAGUGUAAGGUGGUGGCCUGGCACCCCGAGGUAGCCACUCAGCUCGUCCUGGCCAGUGAGGACGACCACACGCCGGCCAUACAGCUGUGGGAUCUGCGUUUCGCCACGGCGCCGCUGAAAACUCUGCAGAGACAUCAGAAGGGUAUCCUGUCUCUGGCCUGGUGCCAGCGCGACUCUCAUCUGCUGCUCAGCGCGGGGAAAGACGACAAAAUACUCUGCUGGGACCCGCACUCCGACGCACCGGGCGGAGAGGUGGUGGCCGAGCUGUCAGCGUCCCCUCAGUGGAACUUCUCGGUCGAGUGGUGCCCCCGGAACCCGGCACUGAUCGCCGCCUCCAGCUUUGACGGGCAUGUGUCCGUGUACAAUGUGAUGGGCAAGGUGGAGGAACCGCUGGCGUCGCCAACAUCGGCGCUGGCUGACUCAUUUCCGGACAUGGCCGGAGUGGCUGCCGCACUGCCCACGGUCCAGCGUCGGACAUCCAUACCGCUGACACGGCCCCCGCGGUGGAUGAAACGGCCAUGUGGGGCCACCUUCGGGUUCGGCGGCCGGUUGGUGUCGUUUUGCCACACUCCGACCACGGACGGCGGCCGGCCGACCCGACAGGUGGAAAUACACCAGGUGGUGACGGAGCCAGAGCUGGUGCAGCGGUCACAGGCCUUCCAGCAGGUUCUCAUGACUGACGGCCUGCCGGGCUUCUGUACGGAGCGGGCCGAGUCUGCUGCUGAACCCGACCGUCCCGUGUGGAGGUUUCUGGCGGCCAGGUUCAGCUCCGACCCGCGCGGGGAGUUACUCAGACUGCUGGGCUAUCAGAGCCGACCCGAGAAUGGAGGAGAGGGGGAGAAUGGUGCAGAUGAUCAGGCGAUGCAGGAGCCACCGGCGGCUGAGAGUGGUGAGGACGCGUUUGAGGCCAUAUCCCGAUCACAGACUUCCACCAGCGACUCGCCGACUGCCGAGCCUGAGGAACUAUUUGACAUACCCGCUGGUGACGACACAGACGGUCAGGUCUCGCAGGCCAUUCUCCGUGGAGAUAUGACGGAGGCCGUUGAACGCUGUCUCCAAUCGGAGAGGACCGCCGAUGCGCUCAUCAUUGCCAUGGCAACGUCCCAGGAACUCUACGAGAGCACGCGCGCCAAAUAUCUGGAGUCUAUGAAGACGGAUUUGUCUCGUCUCAUCUCUGCUCUCGUCUCUCGCGACUGGAGUACCGUGGUCGGACGGUGUGACCCUGGCUCAUGGAGAGAAGCGCUGGUAGCUGUGCUCACGCACGCGCCGCCCGAACAGGUGGCGCCGCUCUGCG